CGCACGCAGGGCGCGGGCGGACGGGACGGGCGCGACGGGCGCGACGGGCGCGUAUCCGCGGCCGUUGCUAAGCGGUUGCGUUCCGGCCGCCGUAGUACUGUGGGAAAAUUAAGCUGGGAAAAAAUGUGACAACUGAAACUUACGAAAAUGGUACUGAUUGCUUUACAGUUUGUAAAGACCUCUGCUUACAAAAUAAAUUGCUCAAGACAAAAGGAAAGAGGAACAUACUAAAAUGUCACCUGAAGUAGCCUUGAACAGAAUUUCUCCAGCGCUCUCGCCCUUUAUUUCCAGUGUGGUCCGAAAUGGAAAAGUAGGACUGGAUGCUACUAAUUGUUUACGGAUUACAGACUUGAAAUCUGGCUGUACAUCCUUGACCCCUGGACCUAGCUGUGAUCGGUUUAAGCUACAUAUCCCUUAUGCUGGAGAAACACUCAAAUGGGAUAUAAUUUUCAAUGCUCACUAUCCUGACCUGCCACCAGAUUUUAUCUUUGGAGAGGAUGCUGAAUUUUUGCCAGAUCCUUCUGCCUUGCAUAAUUUAGCUUCUUGGAAUCCUUCAAACCCUGAAUGUCUCCUCCUUGUUGUGAAAGAGCUUGUGCAGCAGUAUCACCAAUUUCAGUGCAGCCGAUUACGUGAGAGCUCUCGUCUCAUGUUUGAAUAUCAGACUUUACUUGAAGAGCCCCAGUAUGGAGAAAACAUGGAAAUCUACGCUGGCAAGAAAAACAACUGGACUGGAGAAUUCUCAGCUCGCUUCCUCUUGAAGUUGCCUGUAGACUUCAGUAACAUUCCCACAUACCUUCUCAAGGAUGUGAAUGAAGAUCCUGGAGAAGAUGUUGCACUUCUCUCUGUUAGUUUUGAGGAUGCAGAAGCCACUCAGGUUUUUCCUAAGCUGUACCUCUCCCCACGUAUUGAACAUGCACUUGGAGGAUCAUCUGCCCUUCACAUCCCAGCCUUUCCUGGUGGAGGUUGUCUUAUCGACUAUGUACCCCAAGUAUGCCAGCUGCUAACAAACAAGGUACAAUAUGUUAUUCAGGGAUACCAUAAGAGAAGAGAGUAUAUUGCAGCUUUCCUGAGUCACUUUGGAACUGGUGUGGUGGAAUAUGAUGCAGAAGGCUUCACAAAACUUACUCUGCUGCUGAUGUGGAAAGAUUUUUGCUUCCUUGUUCACAUUGACCUUCCCCUAUAUUUUCCUCGAGACCAACCAACCCUAACGUUUCAGUCCGUCUACCACUUCACUAACAGUGGCCAACUGUACUCCCAGGCCCAGAAGAACUACCCUUAUAGCCCCCGCUGGGAUGGCAAUGAAAUGGCCAAGAGAGCAAAGGCAUAUUUCAAAACGUUUGUCCCUCAGUUCCAGGAGCAGCAUUUGCCUAACGGGAAGCUUUAGGCAGCCUCGGGCACAGAGAUGACACUGGACAGAUCCUUCGGUCUGCGCAUGCAGCCCACAAGAAGAACACCUGGAAAUGGGUUGGACUGUCUUGAUGGAUGCUUUCUUGCUCUGGAAUGUUUUGGUAGCUUCAGGUUUUGUCAGGUUUCUGAAACAAAAGACCUCACUAACAUGCUUAAAACUGAAUAUUUGAUAUUUGGCCUGGCCCUUUGCCUCUGCCACCACCAUUCCUUUAUAUAUCUACUGGAUUAAAUUGAAAAGAGCGUGUUUUGAUGCGGUAACAUUUUCUUGUGCCAACAAUGUCCUAUAUGUUAUGCCUUUUUUCCUUGUCUUCAGAUGGUGUAAAUUGGAUAUUUUUCCCCCGACAGAAAUACAGUGUAAUUUGUAUAUUUAGUUGCCAUUUCCAGUUUAUCCUAAGAAAAUACAAAACUGCCGUACAUACCAGGAAUGCCUAAUGGACUGUACAGUGCCAUGUGCUGCCUGCGAGGUUUGUGUCUCGCUGUGGUUGUUACUCUCACAGGUAUGGAUAUGAGUUGCACACUUCAAUUCUCAGUGCCUUUCAAGUUGGUCUGAUAUUAAUAUGGCAGGGUGUUGGAGGGGUGGGGUUUUUUUUAAUAUUUCAGUUGAAAGCUCAUCUUAUAUGAAAUGCUGUGCUUUUAUGCUUUGUUUUUAUUUCCAGUUGUACAAUUUCAGUGUUUUUUUAAAGAACUCCCCUUGCCAUUACAAAAAAGUUCUACUUCUUUAGUUCCAAUGCACGAGGAACUAGUUAUAUAAAUCACUAUAACAAAAUAAAGCUCUUUCGUAGACCUGUAAUUUUUCCAAGUAAGAUAAAUACUGCUGAGAAGCAAACUUUCAACAAAGGAAUGAAUGAUGUCUUGGAAAAUAACAGAUGAAAUACCAUAGGGCUACAGAUAUUUAGCUUAAUGCUUAAGUUUAACAUGUCUUCUCAGAAAUUAUUUUAGGUGUAUAUAACUGGAAACAUUACCUCUCCUAAUUCUGAAAUGCCAAAAGCAAAAUCCCACCUAUUCAUCCUUUCUUUCAUGCUUGUGUCAGGCGCACCAGUUGGGGCUAACUGUCACAAUGUCACUUCCCAAAUUAAUUUGUAAAUAGACCAGGGUACUUUCCAGUAAGGAAUAAAAUUAACAGUGUAUGGAAAACAUGCCCUACUUCUGCUAAAAUAUAGGGAACUAAAUUAAUAGUGUGCAGAUGAUACAGUGGCACUAGAAAACAUUUAAUUCGAAAUUAUCCACUAUAGCACUACUAUCUGCUUAUGUGAUGAAAUCUCAUCAAAUUACUUGAUUGGCAGUAUUCUCCUACCCUUUCUAAAACUUAUUAUUUUACAUUAAAAUUAGUGCUUUCCAGGGUAACAUCCACCUAGGAAAUGCAGAUGGAGUUUGAGCAGCGAAGCUUAGUAAUUAAGAAUUAUGCAAAUAAUUUGCCUGUAGAAACUACAGGUAUUUUUAGCUAGUUUAUAGGCAAAAGUUUAGUUUCUGUUUAAUACUGAAGUUCUUGGCUGGAAAUUAAGCUGCAAACAAAAUCAGAGGCCUUAUUGCAGGAGGAGGGGGCAUGUUCUGUCCUGUGACCCGCUCCCUUGUGACACUCACUGCAAUAUCUGAGGGCUGUAAACAGCUCCAAAGGUCUGAGCCUGAAUUCCCUCUGUUGGAGGCAUUGCAUUAGGCUUUUGCAUGUAAACCAGGACUUUCAGCAGACAUGGAAGGUAAUGGUUUUAUGUGAAUAGCAAAACCGUAACUGCACAACCUUAAAUGGCUGAAAACACAUGUUCAGUAUACCAGGGUGAUCCCAGAUCUGCAUUUCUUCAGGUAAAAGUCAAAGCCACACACAUAUUCAAGAAUAAGCUAACUCUUGUGAACAGGGUGGGAGAAGGAGGAUGGCUAAUGUAAAACAUUUGUUCUCGUAGUGUUCAAAAUCUGAUAUAAACCAUCUCUAGCCAUCUUCAAAAGGUAAAAAACAAACUCUCAAGUUGCAUCUGUAGAUUCCUGGAAUCUUACAUUUUAUAUCCUUGUGUUUCAUUCACUGUCGUAGUGAUUGCCCUAUGAACAGUGUUCUUUUCAGAAGGUUCCAUGAUUCAAAGGCUAGCAAAUGUUUCAAAUUACAAAGUGUUUCAAAAAGAGGUCCACUUUUCACAGUUAAUACACAUUUUCAACCAAAAAUUCAUCCUUCACCUUAGUCCUAGUUCCUUAUGUUGAAUUCAGUAGUUUCACCAACUUUUCACUAGCAUAUAUGGAAAUGAACCAAUGGUUUCAGUCUUAAUUUUUCGUCAUGUUGCAAGAAGUAGCAUUUUGGGCGGGGGAAAAAAGGGUAGAAACGGAACUGUUUGUGUUUAAGAUGAAGUCUGCAAGCCUAUCAAUUUUUAGAUUAGCAGAAAAGAUAUUUUCCUUACGCUUAAUGAACAUUUUCUUUAUUUCAAAGCCACCGUAUGCUCUGACCUGCAAAGUAUUUUAUGGAGCCCUUCCUGAUGGUUCUCAGAAGAAUGUAGUGGGGGUGUUAGCACUACAAAUGGGUGCUGGAAGGAAGGACAUAGAAAUGAGAAAAAUCAUCUCUCCAGAAGGAGAGAUAGGACCAUAGAUAGAUAGAAGGACCAUAUAAAUAUUACAUCAAGAAAGAGAGUUAGUUUAAUUUCAUAUCAAAUCAAGCAUUUGUUGAAGGCAUUCGAAUUACCCACAAAAGUUCUAAUCUAGUAAACUGGAGUUAUUUCUAUUAUCUCCUCUUUUAUGAUAUCCAUUGUGGCUGGUUUAAUGGCAAUGAGGCUUUCAGCACUUUCUUUCCUGUUAUGUGAUAUAUGUAAUUGAAAGGAGCAGUCAGACCGAGGCUAGUUUCUUUGGGUUAUAAGAACCAGAAAAUAUAAGAGAAAAAUAGCAAUGUUUGUUACAAACAUCAAAAAGCCUAAAUUCUACUCUGUCAUAAUUUUGAUUGAAAGAAUGUAGUAAGUCUCUAGUACUAAGCCCCAUUAAUGCAUGGUUUCCAAAGGUCCUUACAGUGCAAACUUAGUCACGCCUUUAUUCAUUUGCAUACAUAAUCCACUGCGCUAGAAGUAAUACCAAAUCUUUCAGAUUCAAAGUUAGACUUUCGUGAACUUGCUGGAAAGACUGGACAAACAGCUGGAAGAAUAAAUAAAAGUUAACUAUAUCAUACGUA